CCGCCAUGACAGCUGAUUUGUAGCUGAUGUAUGUCUGUUGAUGUUAAGAGACAUGACAUUUUGUGAUAUAAUUGACAAAUGGCAGAUACGUUUUUUGGAUUCAAUGCUUCAUUAACAGGUUCUUUCGAGGAUGAACUUCAUGACGAACCAGGCCAAGGCUUGGAUGAGGAAGAAGAAGAAUAUGAUGCACUGAAUGAUGAAACAUUUGGCACUGAUGCUGUUGAAGGUGACUGGGAGGAGGACCACGAGAAGCUUGCAGAGAUAGCCGAACAAUCUCGCGUUCAUCGCAAUAGUUACAAUGACAGCCAUGAGUCAGAUGAUCAUGCUGAUUUGGAUCUGGAGGCCAGCAUUUCUCAGCUUGUGUUGGAAGACUCUGAUGAUCCUGUCUUAGAGAAUGGAAAGGCUUCAAAACCCCAACCUCUAUCUUCACGACAUUUCCCUUCCAAAAGCACUAAUGCUGAUUUGAUUGAAUCUCCAAGUUACAGCAGUUCAGCUCCGUCUGGCUUCUCAGUGUGGGGAGUUGGCAAAUCUGACAUCCAACACCAUAAGUCCAGUACACAACCUGUGUUAUCAAAUGUGAAGAAUGUUUGCACAGUUGAGGAGUUGGAGAGAGAUCUAAUCUCGCAGCAAAAUGCAGUUUCCAGUGCACCUCCGGCUGGUCUCAGUAAACCUUCAUCUGCAUUGCGACUGGAGGAUGUUGAGCGGGAUCUUAAGACGUCCAAUGCAGAUGUGGGCACAUCUUCCACUUUUCCUGUUGUCACUUUUGGUUUGGGUCGAGGGCAUCCUCAACCUUUUGCACAUCAGGAUGUUGUGAUGAUACGAAAUGCUCAGAAUGCUGCUCCAGUUGGCUCAGUAGGGUGUGGUAACGGCAUCACACAUUUCCCUUCUCAUCUUACAGGCCCAGCACAACAGUCAGUGCUGGGUCUGAGUCGAGGUGCAGCUGGAAAUGCUGCAUUCGGGCAAGUUGUUUUGCCUUCAAGGAUAUUGGGUCCUCAUCCAGUGACCUUAGGAAUUCCAGGUCUUUGUCAGCUGCAACAGCAAAAUAAUAGACAUAUGGGGUCUGCUCCAAAUUUAUUACACUUCAUGCCCCCACAUCUAAUGAUACAGUCACAGCAGGUUCUCAGGGACAACACAAAGUCACUGGGCCAUCAAGGUUUUGCCACAGAUAAUGGCAUUUUGCGAUCUCUUCACCAGCAUCGCAACAACAUAGGCUAUAGGACUACUUUCCAGGGCCCAUUGGUUGAUCACCGAUUGCCAGUGUCAGGGCAGUUUCCACUGCGACCUGACCUACUGAUGGGAUCCCGUUACGUUAACAAUCGGUCUGCAGUUGGAAACUUCGGUCAACAGUAUGGUCACCAAGGCAACUAUAGCUGUCACUAUAACAAUUAUAACAGCUACAGACAGUAUAAACAUCACACGGAGAAUGAAUCAGGAGACUAUGAUGAAUAUGCUGGCCUUAUGACAGCUAGAGAGAAACAUUGGCUGUUGAAUAUCCAGUUGUUGCAACUCAACACCAGUCAGCCUUAUGUCGAUGACUACUACUACAAGGUGUUCUCCUCAAGACAGCCAAGGAAGAAUAAUAAUGUUAAUAACAAAAAAAGUGGUGAAAUCCGUAAUUCAUAUGGUCAUAGAGAGCGGAGAGACAGCCACAGAGACAGGGAUCAGAAAUUUGAUCAUCAGCAGGGGACAUCACGAGUGUACACUCCAGCACAGUUUGAAAACUCUCUGGGGAAACUUCAGGUUGGAAGUGUUACAGCACCAAGGAAAGUGAUAGACAUGGAUGUUGUCUCUCAUGAAGGCCUUGACUCCACGUUACAAUCACUGCAAAGAGACUCUCGCAAAGUGAAACAACUUCUGCUUGAAAUAGAAAGGUUAUACCUAUUCCUCCUGCAAGUUGAGGAUUUGACAAGUUCAUUGCCUGAAGCAAAGGAAUCAGUGGCUGAAGACAAGGAGGAUCUGCUGCACAAAAUUAUCUCUUCAUUGCUUGUGGAAGACCGAUUGACUAGUUUCAUGUGUGUCCACAAGGGAAAGCUUCUGAUGUUAAGAUUGCUGCCACAUCUUACGACACUCAGCGAAGAAGAGGGACGCUGCUUGGUUCAGAUGUGGAGAAUAAUAUUCCGUGGGCUAGUAACCAUUGGAAAACGGGACCAAGCCAGUGAUGAAUCCGUGCUUCCUCGUUUCUACCCAUAUUUGAAGGCAUGGCUGAAUAGAAGCCAGUUCCCUGCCCUGCUGGAGAUAGCACAUAGUUUACUACCAGGGUCAAGAGAUUCAUCUAGAAUCACAUCUCCAGUUACAUGUGUACUGCCUGCCAAGAAUGUGCUUAUGUAUGCAUUAGGCAACAAGUUUGGAAUUUCAUCGUUGGCUGCAAUGAUGGAACGCGGAGAAACAUUAUAUCCCACUUUGGAAGAGAAGCAGUGCCAAGAGUGGUCAUUGUUCAUUACAGCCCUGGUGGAAGCGGUGGGAUUAGUUUCAUGUCUUCAUUCUCUUCCCACACCUAUUGAGCCAAUGGACACCACGUUGUUGAACCGGCACUUGGGACGUUACUGUAGCUUACAUAUUGAAAAGUAUGCAGUAUUAGAACGUGUUUUUACAGGACAUCAGAAAGUUGAAGAAGAGAACAAAGAAAGUAAAACAAACUCAUAAGAGUGUGAUUAGUUCGUGGUGAUAUGAACUGAUAAGUGGUGUUGCAAUUCUUGGCUCAUUGGAUAAUCUGGUUGUUACUGUUACUGAUUGCUAUGGUACUAGAUCUUUAAAAUGAAAAUGACUGUGGCUGUUCAGAAAGAAUGUAGUUGUGUUACUACACCAAUACACAUUACACAGAAUAUAUAAAGAUGCUUUCUUGAAACUUGGAACCUCUGAUAUCAUAAAAGAGUAUAUUAGCAUUAUUACUGCAGCAUUUACUUGUAUCCUGCUUGGUUUGUUAUGUUUCUAUGAAUGAUACAUUUUUUAAUAAAGAGGUUACAUAUUUAGAGAAAGCAUUUAUUAAUGUAUAUUGCAGUACCAAAUGUCAAGGUUCCUGUAAAGAGGUAGAAUAGCAGUUGGUGUUGUGAUGCAUUAGUUUGAACGGAACUUAUUUUGAUCCAUGAGAAUGCUUAAAAUUAACAGUGGGAGUUCUAUGCCAAUGUUUUUAUUUGGUUUUUUUUCCUUCCAGCUUUGUGGUCUGUUAUGAUUUAAAUGUGACAAAGCAGGGAGCAAGCCUUAUAUGCAGUUUCUUAAUCAGUAUAUAGAAAAUUAAAAGAGGACUUCUUUUAAGUGAACAUAUAAAUGACUACUAUGUAUUUUAUUUAUUUCAUAAGCACAUAAAUGAAAUACAAAAGAAAAAUUCUGCUUUUAGUUUAUAUUUAAGGCAUGCGAAGGUAAAAGUAUCUCCGAAUUGAAGGUCCAUUUGUUUUAAUUAAUCACAGAUUCAUAAAUAUCUUAUUUCAAGUGCUGCUCUUAAGUACAGUAUGAAAUCAUAUUGCACAAUUUAACAUCUUCACUUAUCUUGUUAUUGUACUCUUGUACUGUGAGAAGAACAUUUAUAGUAUACCUUUCUCAGAGGCAGAAAUGUAACUAAAUUUUAUUCCAUCACUCUCCAGUAAACUGCUGUACGUACUGCUCUAAAAUUCCAUAUUAAAUAUUUUCAUAACAGUAUUUAAGUCUUAAAUGGCAUGUAUAUAUAUCCUCAGAAUUUCACAAUUUAAAUGAAUUUAAAAAGUCUUACAUAACAGCAUAGAAAAAGCCUAAAUACAUCAUUCAGAUAUGCACAGUUAUAUUCAAGCUGUGAUAGAUUAUAAACAAUGAAAUGACAUUUCUUAUUCAGAUUUCCUUAUUUUUAACAGAUGUCUUUAUCAUCUAAAGCUUGAAGUUUAUGUGUAUAUUUUAAUUGGCAUGUAUGUCCAAACUAGUAAGAACUUUGGCUUUAUCGUAGAUUUUUCAGGAUGCUUCAUACAUUGUCAGAACUUCAAUAUUAUAUCCUCAGACACAUUAAAUAAAGAGUUUGUUAUGUCUGUGGUACAGUUACAGGGUAGUUCAUUUAGAAUCACUGUUUUUCUGAUGUGUUAGAAUUAUUACAGAAGUACAGAAUUUUUAGUACUAUUUGCAUAAAACUGAUUUGUUUGUUCUGUAUCAACUUUUUCAUUGAAAUGGACUACACUGUGUUCUAAGUUACAAUUUUUCAAAGACUUCUUUUAUUUUCUUUGGGUUUGGACAAUUCAAAUAAAAAUGAUAAGUUUUGACUUGAAUUUCUAUCUUAACAUAUUUGGUUCUGUGGAGGAAUAGAACCAAUUUUUCAUCAGUACAUAUAUGUGUUACUUUUUGAAAUGUACUGUGAUGUACUUAUGAAAACAGAAUGAUAAAAAUUUGUAAGACUUGUUUUCAUAAAUGUUCCAUAAUAUAAAGAACUGUGUACUAAAAAUGUUAACCAGAACUAUUUGAACUCAAUAGAAAGGUUUUGGACUGAGGCAUUAUAAAUAAAAAGAAAUCAGUAAGUAA